UGACUAAAUAAACUAGCCUCUCAAGUAAAAAUUUAAAACUCAAGUGAAAAGAAAAUUCAGACACCUGACGCAAUGUCAUUAUUUAAAUUAUUCAAAUUAUUCGAAGACAAGUGGAAACUCAUUCGCUCGAGUCAUGCCAUAUUACCAGAAUUCUUACCGAUUUAACGAUCUCUUUCCUUCACCAACGAAAACCCCCAGAGAAUAAUUAAAAAAAAAUAAACGAAAAAAUCGUGAAAAUUGAUUCGUCAACGAAUUAAAAAAUGUCGUGCUACGACAGUCUCGACGUGCAGCUCUACCUCCUGGAGUUGACACUGGAAUCACUCCACCUCACCGAUGAAAAAGUGUACGAGUGUGACAAAAGACCGUUACUCGUAAAAAUAAAAUAUCUCGAUCUGCCAAUCUUCGUUCUAUCACCAAGAGACUUUGAUCACUUGUCACCAUCAGGUAACGAGACGAAAAACGGUAGUACGUUAUUCUCAUCAGGUAGAUCGUGCCUGUUUGGUAAAAUGCCGAAGUCACUUGUGCGUGAAAUGCAAACGGAGGAUCUUAAAAUCGGUGUAUUUUGUGUGAACGAGACUUAUCCGAUUGCCCAAGCAGCAUUACGAGUCUCAGGAUGCAUGUGCGACCAAAUUGCAAUGGCUGGAAAUGAUAAUGAUCACUUGGCAUUGCCAUUUACCAUGGGGGGUGAAUAUGGACUCGUUGAUCCAGGUGAAAAUCACUCUGGGAUCAUUAAUCUCAGGGUCAAGCUGACGUGUCUUGGAAAAUACGUAACAACUCAUUAUCAGAUGAGGGAUAAUGCAUUUGUAUUCAAAAGCGAUCGAGAGGUGGGGGAGUUUCUUGUUAAACCCAUUGUUCCAGGAGAUGAGGUGAUCAAGGGUGAAGCUCCUGUUGAAGAAGGAAUUGAGGUGAAGAGUCAGGAGAAGAUGAAGAAGAUGAAGAAGAAGAAAUGAAGAAAUUAACAAUUU